UCUGUGAGAGCGAGAGAGAGAGAGAGAGAGAGAGAGAGGACACAGUGAGUAGUGAAAGACAAGGUUUGAAGAUGCCGGUAACUUCAACGAUGGUGGGAGCCCUGUUGGGGUUGGGCACCCAGAUGUACUCCAACGCCCUCCGCAAGCUCCCUUACAUGCGCCAUCCUUGGGAGCACGUUCUGGGCAUGGGAUUGGGCGCAGUAUUCGUUAACCAGCUCGUCAAAUGGGACGAACAGCUCAAAGGGGACCUCGAUAAGAUGCUCGACAAGGCCAAGGCCGCCAACGAACGCCGUUACAUAGAUGAAGAUGAUGACUAGUUCGCGUCUGAGUUUGUUGAGGCAUUUUCAUACAGGAUCCAUGUUCUAAGAGACGGUCCGGCCUUAAAGUUUUAGGCACUUUUUGUUUUUAAAUUAAUGUUGAUAUGUUUGCAAGGCUGCUGUAAAAGCCUUCCCAAUUUUCUCAUCUUCUUGUGAUGCAUAAGCUUUGAAAUACUUUCAUAUUGCAAAGCUAUAUGAAAGCUGAACGGCGUGUCUUGUUCUUUAAUAAUACACUCCGUCUUUCGCGACGAAGAUUCUUCAAA